AUGAACCGUAGGAAAAUAACCAUAAAAGACGCCAACUAUAACCCGAAUGUAACCUAUGAUAUUAUUUUCAAUCACAUGUUUUUUGACUCAAAAGUAAUAGAAACCAUGAUGCCAAAUGAUACAUUUUAUAUCGGUAUAGUUCGCGAACCAUUUUCUCAGUUUCAAAGUGCGUUCAAUUAUUAUCGUAUUUCAAGCUUCUUGAGAAACGCCAUGAUGUAUGAGUUUGGGUUCCCAGACGAUAGAAAUGAUCUCAGGAACAACGACAGAUUCAUUGCCGAAUACAUUGAUUUCUUGGACAAGAAGUUCGAUUUUGUAAUCGUCUUGGAAAUGUUUGAUGAGAGUUUGGUGCUACUACGCCGCUUGCUGUGCUGGGGCAUGGACGACGUCUUAUAUGUGGUUACUAACAAACGGGAAUAUGAAUACAAAAAUGUGAAAGACGAAAUUACUGUGAAGAAACAUAGGCAAUGGAGCAAAGCUGACUAUCAGUUAUAUAACCACUUCCUGACAAAGCUACAAAACACUGUUAUGUUGCGAGGGUCGGACUUCAAUCGGGAGGUGUUGCUUUUCCGUCAAGCAAUCUCGGCACUCGGCAAAUUUCAUUGA